CUAGUUUCAUGAUUCUCGUUUAACAUUGCACUUUUAAUUGCCAAUAUAUACAAAGUUAUGCUAUAGCUUGUUAAGAGAUUUACGUGCCUUUUGAUGGAUAGAGAAGGGCUCUAAGCUAAUUCCUGCAUGGCGGUGGGGAAAUGUCUCUAGAUCCAUUAAUCUCAAACGGCUAUCAUAUAGACAUAAGGGUGUCCCUAAUCACGGUCCAGCAGGCAAAAGAUCUUCAGCUGCAGAAUAUGAGAAGAUUAAAAUAUUUUCUUAUGAAGAACUAAAAAUGUUCACCAAUGGAUUUAGUGAAGUAAAUCUCAUGGGGAAAUUCCAAUUUGGAAAAGUGUUUUGAAGGUGAUAAUGAAGGCAGGUUGAGAGAUGAAAUUGAAUUACUUCGGCAUCCAAAGAUGAUCACGCAUCCAAACUUGGUAGAGUUUGUUGGAUACUGCUACGACGAACAGCAACUUGGUACUGUUUUUGACCUGGAUCCACUGGGUUCUGUAUACGAACUUGCACCUAAAGGUUGCUUUACUUGGCUUCACAGAAUUAAGGAAUACACCCCAAAAUUACUUGACUUUGGGAUGUUUACUGGUGGAAUCAUUCUUGAUAUGAGAUUUGACAGAAACAUGUAUUUACGUGGUUGUUUUGGCUACAUGGAUCCCUGUUUAAUCCAGGGAGGUAUGUCAACCGAGUGGCAUAAUGUUAUUCCUUUUGAUUAUCAUAUGGCCUAUUUUUCUGCCUUGAUCAAUACAUGUAUGUAAUCAAUACAAAAAGACCCUAGAAAAAGUUGUAUCUGGGAACUGUAAAACAAGAGUUUCACCUACCUCAAUACAAAACAAGAGUGUUGAUCUUUGAAGAAUGCUGCAACUCAAGGUUUUAAAAAUUGUUAUCGAGAAGUCAAUUCAGACGCCCAGGGCAUAAAUAAGCAUUUGAAGCAGCAUCCCAUCCUAUAUUUGUCUUUUGGUCUCAAAUAAAUGGCUGAACUUUUCUUUUAAA